CACCAGGCUUUGAAAAUGCAGUGCUGUAUCGUCUCCUGUCCAGCAGGAGGCGCUCCAACCCACAGUCCCAUGCUGAGCACUGACAGCACGCAAAAGCCGGUAUGCUUCUACUUCCGGGUAAGUGGAUGUAAACAGAAGGACGUUCCGCCUCUGGAGACAGCGGUAGGAAAGAUGACCAAACUGGAGCUAUUGAACGUGUUUCUUAACGACAGGCUGACAGCGGCCGCCGAGGAGAUUUUUGGCGCCAUUAAAGACACGGUGGUGGAGUACCAGAGCGAAAUCCUCCGCUCCAAAGAGGAGAACGAGCGGCUCAAACGGCUGCUAAAUGUGGCCGUCCAACGGCUCCUACUGCAGCCAGAGCCUCACUUGGUCCAGCCGCAAGAAGAUGGUCAGCGCUGUGACUCUGAGUGGAGAGGCAGUGCGGACCUGCUGCCACAGAUUAAAGAAGAACCAAAACACCGAAUCAUUCAAACAGAUUGUUCACAAGAAGAGAGAGACUCUGAUGAAGGAAACUGCAGUCAUGUCCAACCACUACCGAGGCCACAUCCUGCUCCAACCCAGACUGUGUGUGGCAGACAAAGUGUCUCCCCACCUCCGCCAACAUCCAAGGAGAUUAAGGCGGAGAGUGACAGAGAGGACAGCAGGAAACAGCAGCCAGCCAACAGCGCACCAUCCUCCAUGACUGUUUAUUCACACUGCAGAGCAGCUCAGAGCAAACAGACUCAGCCAGUUAAAGGGUUACUUCGCUCAAAUGGAAAGCAGAGCACACACAUAUUGCAGAUUAAGAAUGUGAGAUCCGUGAAGCCCCCCCCACCUCGCUCCUCUCACCCAAGCCAGAGCAUCCAGAGGUGGCACAGUUGUAAAGAGUGUGGGAAGGGCUUCAGUUUUGCCUGCCAACUGGAGGUCCACAUGCGCUGGCACACCAAGGAGAAGCCGUACAGCUGCGCAGUGUGCAGAAAGAGCUUCACUACAGUUAGCAUGCUCAAGAGGCACCACCGCAUUCAUACAGGGGAAAAGCCCUUCCGCUGCCAUGUCUGCGGGAAAUGUUUCAACCAGUCAGCACACCUCAAUACUCACUUCAGGCUCCACACUAGAGAGAGGGCCAGCUGGAGCCGAGCACCACACUCUAAGUGAACAAAGACUCCCAAGAGGAAGCUAACCUGACCAUCUGUAAAUUCUGAAAUGCUUCAAGUGGCUAAAUUUCAGUUUCAAACAGUGUAGAAUAAUGUUGUUUGACUGUGCGUCUUGUCUGUUGUGCAAUAAAGUGUUGUACAUUAAGA